AUGACGAUGGUAAUGGAAAACCAGAACCGCCCGUAUGGCGGCAUGAGUUUCGACAGUGUGUACCACCACAAUCCGCCGCAAUUCACAGACCCUUGGGCCGCACACACCACUUCGCACUCGACACCUCCGGUCUACGCAACCUCCAUGGGCAACAGUACCCUCCCCAUCAACACUAAGGAGGAUGUCGGCCGGACCGCCGCUAUGUCCAUGCCCUACCCCAGUAUGCCCGUGUCCGCGCCCUCAAUGGUGCCCGGCAGCAACUACGCGACCACCGGCUACGGCCCCGAGGUGAUGGGAAUGCAACAUGAGGUACCGCGCACCGGCUUCGAGCAGCCUUCGACCUACUCCACCGCGCCGCCCAUGAGCAGCUUCGCGCCGGCGACCUAUGCGCCAGUUAGCUACACCCCGAUUCACCCAUCCCAGCCCCAGGACGCCCGUCGCAUGUCGCAUUCAGAUGCUCGUGUGGCUUCUACAGCACCCGCACCAACGCCCACUUUCGGCGACGCGCUCGACGCCAGCCGCGGAAUGGUGGCGCUCAGUCAGGACCUGACUCCUCGCAACAUUUACGGCCCUCGCGGUGCGAGGGCCUCAGCCGACUCCUAUGGCUUCCCUUCUGCUCACAGCUCUGCCUCCUCCAUCUCUUCGGGCGGCAACUACCCCUACUACAGUGCGUCGGUGGGCUCCGUCGACUCCUCCGUAACCGACUACAGCUCGACGACAUCCGAGUCUUACGAGUCACGGACUCUCCCGCGGCCUGCCAGCCUCCUGGCUGGUAGCGCGCCUCCGGGCCCACAGUCUAUGAUGAGCCAGUUCAGCUCGAAGAUGCCCUCCAACACGCAGAAGAAGCACAAGUGCAAGGUGUGCGACAAGCGCUUCACCCGUCCUUCUUCUCUGCAGACACAUAUGUAUAGCCACACUGGCGAGAAGCCCUUCGCAUGUGACGUGGAAGGUUGCGGGCGACACUUCUCCGUGGUUUCCAACUUGCGCCGACACAAGAAGGUCCACAAGGGCGAGAAGGAAGGUGACUCUCCCGACGAGGACGAGUAAAUUCAACUCGCAUGAAUGCUUCCCUUGCUCGCUCGUUUAAU